AAACCCUAUUGAGAGCUCUUGGCCGCUUACGGCGUAACCGUCACAUGGCCGCAACCGAGUCCGCGCGCGCGGCUAUUUAAGCCGCCGCGCUGCGCCUUCAGCACCACUUCGCUGUCCACCGCCCCGAGGAGAGCACCGCCGACACCACCGCGCGCGCCAGCUUCAGCUUCAGCCACCCCCCCUACCGCCGCGUCUGCAGCAGCAGCAGCAACAACAACGACGACGUUCGCCAACAUGCCGAGGUCUUUUCUCGUGGAUUCCUUGAUUUUAAGGGAGGCCAACGAGAAGGGCAGCGAGAACAACCCGCCGCUGUUCCCGUACGCCGUGCACUCGCCGCACCACCCGCACGGGCUGCCGGGCUCCUGCCACUCCAGGAAAGCCGGGCUGCUGUGCUUCUGCCCGCUGUGCAUGACCGCGUCGCAGCUCCACCCGUCUCCGCCGACGCUGCCGCUCCUCAAGGCGUCCUUUUCGCCCUUCGGCUCGCAGUACUGCCACUCGGCCCUGUCGAGGCAGCACUCCUCGGCCAACCUCGGCCACGCACCGGGGAUAUACCAAGCGGCGUACUCCGUCCCGGACCCGCGACAGUUCCACUGCAUCUCCAUCGAAAACAGCAACAGCAAACUUCAGAGCAGCAAGCGCAUGCGCACAGCCUUCACCAGCACGCAACUUUUGGAGCUGGAGCGAGAGUUCACGUCCAACAUGUACCUGUCCAGGCUGAGGCGCAUCGAGAUCGCCACGUACCUGAACUUGUCCGAGAAACAGGUGAAGAUCUGGUUUCAGAACCGCAGGGUGAAGCACAAAAAGGAGGGCAAGAGCAGCGGGCAAAGGACUGGAUCACACAACUGCAAAUGCUCUUCCCUGUCAACCGCGAGAUGCUCGGAGGAAGAGGACGACGACAUUCCCAUAUCCCCCUCCUCGUCCGAUAAGGAGGACGUGGACCUGUCCGUCUCCCCCUGAACUCUCCUGCUUAUUCCCCGACAAAACAUUUUGGUCCUCAUGAUUUUUGAAUACAGCCAAAAAAAAAACCUAAAAAAAACAGACUGUGCCACUUGUUGUUCAGUCGUUUGUACAUAGAAAGAGAAUAUUUAAUCAGGGAUUUGCUCUGAAUUAUUGUAUAGCUGUAUACAUGUUGUACGUUUUGUAUGUAGUUUUUUUCUGAAAACGGUCCAUUUGUUGUUGCCAAUGCGAUAGGCUUAUUUGUAAAGAAGAACCCACAAAAACAAUAGCAACAUUGUUUAUUAGUAUUUUUUUGGGGGGGGGGGGGGGGGGGAGUAUUUUGUAUACAUGAUGACUACUGGUUAGAUUCAUUCUGUGGAUGGAACGGUGACGUCAAAUAUCAAAAGCUGGAGAAAGAUCCCCUCAAUGUCACAUUACUGAAACGACUCAGUAAAUUAUAUCUUCACUGUAAUUGUAAAAAUAUUUAUUUAUUUAAAAAUGUUGAUACUUAAAUAAAAAUAUUUCUGAGCGGAAAACUA